AAGAGAGCACAUGCUAAAGACUCCUCUUUCCAAAGUAGGCUGAUUACAAGUAACCUGUGUGCAGAGCUGAAAGCCUUGGGAGGAAUUUGGCAGGAUGAAGCCUGUCAUUGUGGUGCAUGGUGGAGCUGGCCGGAUCUUUAAAGAACGAGAAAAUGGAAGUCGUGAUGGUGUUGUCAGAGCUGCGCUGCGAGGUUAUGGUAUCCUGAAACAGGGAGGCAGUGCCUUAGAUGCAGUUGAGGAGGCAGUGCGAUCAAUGGAAGAUGAUCCUCAUUUUAAUGCAGGCUUUGGAUCUGUUCUAAAUGAAAAAGGUGAAGUAGAAAUGGAUGCCAUUAUCAUGGAUGGAAAAAAUUUAGACUCUGGAGCAGUAUCUGCAGUUAAAUGUAUAGCAAACCCAAUCAAACUUGCUCGACUUGUCAUGGAGAAGACGAAGCACAUGCUGCUGACUGACCGUGGUGCACACCUGUUUGCUCAGGCCAUGGGUAUUCCUGAGACUCCAGGGGAGAAACUCAUAACUGAGAGAUCCCAGGAGAGAUGGAAGAAGAACCUUGAGCCAGAUUCCAACCCUGAAGAGUUUCAGAAAGACCUUGGAACAGUCGGUGCUGUUGCUACAGACAGUGAAGGAAAUGUAGCUUGUGCAACAUCCACUGGUGGACUCUCCAAUAAACUGAUUGGCCGUGUUGGUGACACAGCAUGCAUAGGAAGUGGAGGGUAUGCUGAUAACCGUUCUGGUGCCACAUCAACCACAGGACAUGGGGAGAGCAUUAUGAAAGUGGUCUUAGCCCGACUGAUCCUCUAUCACAUGGAGCAAGGAAUGUCACCAGAGAUGGCUGCUGACACUGCCUUAGACUACAUGAAGACACGAGUUGGAGGGCUGGGGGGUGUCAUUGUUGUUAGCAAUUCAGGAGAGUGGGCAGCAAGGUUCUCCACCAAGCAGAUGUCCUGGGCCACUGUCAAAGAUGACCAGCUGCAUUAUGGGAUCUAUGCUGGGGAGAGGCAUACAAAAUCUGUUGAUGAAGCACUUUCAGAUGCAAGUGAGGGUUUCUGAGAAUGAAAAAAACAUCGACUGAGGAAGAAUGAAGAUCUCCAAUUUUUGCUGGAGGACGACAGUUGAUUUCAUCUUUCUGAAAGAUCUGUACUCUUUUGAUUGAUUCACAGGCA